AUGGACGCCUCCGUCGAUGCGCUGCGCCGCCUCGACCUGCUUCCGGGCGCCGACGAUGCGAGCGUGCAAGAAGGCGCGCGGUACCUAUCCGAGCUUGCGCAAAUGCCAUUAGACGUCAUUGCACAGCAGCCCGCACAGCAGCAUGCGAGUGCAGCGAUGCUCGAGCACCAGCUCGCUGAUCUGUGCCUGCGGAAUACGUCUACCUUUGCGCAGACACAGAGUGCACUGCAUGGCAUUCCGCGCUUUGGAGUGCAAUGCAAAGACACGCUAGCGUCGGUGCAGGCGCACACUGAUCGCAUACGCGCCGCAGUCGCGGCUUGGGAGGCGCACGAAAAAAAAAUUCUCGCUGCGCGGCACGCGUUUGUGCAGCUGGAAGACACGUACGCAUCCACGCUGCAGCAUCUGCUUUCGCUCGCCCCUACCAUGCGUGCGUGCAUUGCACGCGGUCACUACGACGAGGCGCUUGCGCACCUGGCCGACCUUUGUGCCGCACUCGCGCCGAUUCCGCUCGACGCGCCGCCCGUGCGAGCACUGCUUGCAGAGGUGCAAAGCACGCUGCACGGCAUGCACAAGACGAUGCUCAGCAGCCUGUGUGCGCCGCAGACGAAGCUGCCGCAGGCGCGGUGCAGCGCUGCGUACCUUGUCCACAUAGCUUCGCUCAUGCGCACGCUGCUGCCCGCAAGUCCUUUGGCCAUGGAAACAAGCGUGCUUUGCUGCACCUACCUGGACACAUCGCUCUCGCACGCCACCCGUGCGCUCGUGCCUGGCUCUGAUGCACUGGCGGCGGUGGAUGCGUGGUACGACGCGGUGCGGAGUGCGUCGCGCAACGCGCUCUCCCUCUUUCUCGACAACCCCGUGGAUGUGCGUGCAAAAGACAUGGGCAUGCCCAUUGCCGCGUUUGCUGCGCGUGCUGCAGAUGCGCUGUGUGCGUAUGUGCGCCGCACGCUUGCGCAGUGGGCCGCGUCGCUGCACGCCGACUGCAGGUGGAGUGCGUACGAAACGGUGAUGGAGCGCAUCGCAGCGCUGCACACGACGCUGUGCCGCAUCUCGGCGAGCCUUGCGCACGUCGGCCUCGAGCUAGACAUGCUCCUCUUUCCCCACCUGGACAUGGAGCACGCCGUGUACACCGUGUGGGAAAAGGGACUCGCCGCGACGCUGGCACAGGCGCGCGACGCCCAAGAUACCCCUCCGUGCCAAGCAGCGAGCACAGGCCUCGCCGCAUCGCUCAACGCCGUACGUCAUUUUGCGCCGUACGCUCUGCAGGAGCGCAUGCAAAGCGCGCUCGCCGAGCUCCUCGCGUCGGUCGAGGCGCUGUGUGCGUCUGCCGAGGCGCAUGCCUACUAUACCACUCGGCUCGCGCCGUGGGCGCUGCGGAGCCUCGAAGGCAUGUUUAUGCAUGAUAGUCUGCCGUAG